AUGCCGGAGAUGAGAGUCCAUCACAGCAAGAAGCACUCGUUGCCCUUCUUCGAGCAGGAGCCCGCAGGUCCAACUGUGCGACGCACGUCUGGCCGUCCGAAAUGUGAAUUGAACAAGACUGAACUCGACGAGGUCGUUGACGUGCAGCACGUUGACAUGCCAGUGAACUUCACUCAAUGUUUCGGUAACUACAUUUGCGACCUAGAUGGACAAGUCCUACUGGACGUAUAUGCUCAGAUUGCAUCAAUCGCUGUCGGCUACAACAAUCCAUCUCUUGAUCAUUCGGCAAGAUCCGACGAGAUGGUGUCUGCUCUCAUCAAUAGGCCAGCCAUGGGUAAUUUUCCGCAACAUAAUUGGCGGGAGAUACUCACUUCCGGCAUCCUGAAGGUCGCUCCAAAGGGGCUCAAUCAGGUUCAAAUGGCAUCAGCUGGAGCAGACGCCAACGAAAUGGCGUUCAAAGCGGCGUUCAUUUGGAAGAGACAGCAGGAACGCGGCGGCUACCAUGUCGACUUUACUGCUACUGAACUUGAGUCCGCGAUGGACAACUCUACCCCGGGAUCGCCUCAGUACUCGAUAAUGUCCUUCAAGAAAGGCUUCCAUGGUCGGCUCUUUGCCAGUCUGUCAACAACACGCAGUAAAGCCCUGCAUAAGAUCGACAUACCUGCGUUUGACUGGCCACAAGCACCUUUCCCGUCCUUGAGAUAUCCCUUGGACGAACACACAGAGUACAAUCGGUGUGAGGAAAGUAGAUGUCUUCAGGCGGCGGAGGACAUUAUCAAGACAUACCACAAUCCAGUAGCUGCAAUAAUUGUGGAGCCUAUCCUGUCAGAAGGAGGCGAUAUACACGCCUCGCCAGCAUUCUUCAGAAGACUCCGACAGAUCACGAAGGAGAACAAUAUUCUCAUGAUAGUCGACGAAAUUCAGACAGGCGUCGGGGCGACUGGAAAGUUUUGGGCACACGAGUAUUGGGAUCUAGACUUUCCACCCGACAUGGUCACAUUUUCCAAAAAGGCUCAAGCAGCAGGCUACUACUAUGGAGAGAAAACGAUACGUCCAAACAAGCCAUACCGCCAGUUCAACACAUGGAUGGGUGAUGCGUCCAAGGCAAUUCUCUUCCGUGCGAUCGUUGACGAGAUAGAGCGCCUGGACUUGGUGAGAAAUGUGGAAUCUACGGGCAAGUACUUAAGAGCCCAGCUUUUCGAACUAUCGCAGAGAUCUCCGAAUCUGUUUAUGAACUUGCGCGGACAGGGGACCUUCAUUGCAUUCGACAGCACGGAUAGAGAUCUAUUCAUUGCGAAGGCUAAAGAGCUCGGGGUCUUGAUUGGGGGUUGUGGUGAAAGGACUGUCAGGUUGCGACCGAUGCUGAUAUUUCAGGAGCACCACUGCGACAUUUUGAUCGAUGUUCUCACCCGGGUCGCUCGGGAUAUGCAGUGUUCUUGA